CCUUUAUUUGGCCCCUUUGCUGUAUUGUCUGCUUACUGUCCGCACCUGCAAUCUUUUAUCUACAAAAUGUCAUCUGAGUUUGAACUUUGUCCUGGAAGAAAAAUUGGGGGCUCCAAUCCCUGUUUUAUUAUCGCUGAGAUCGGACAGAACCAUCAAGGAGACAUUGAGAUUGCCAGAAGAAUGAUCAAAAUGGCUAAGGAUUGUGGAGCCGACUGUGCAAAGUUUCAGAAGAGCGAGAUCGAGCACAGAUUCACCAAACAUGCUCUGGAGCGCCCUUAUACGUCUCCUCACGCCUGGGGUCCAACCUAUGGAGCUCACAAGCAACACCUAGAGUUCAGUCACCAGCAGUACAGGGAACUACAGCAGUAUGCAAAUGACAUUGGUAUUUUCUUUACAGCAUCAGGAAUGGAUGAGGUGGCUGUAGAGUUUCUUCAUGAGAUAAAUGUGCCGUUUUUUAAAGUGGCCUCAGCUGACACAAACAACCUACAGUACCUGGAGAAAACGGCAAAGAAAGGUCGUCCCAUGGUGAUCUCCAGUGGUAUGCAGUCUAUGGACACCAUGCGCUGUGUUUACCAAACAGUGAAGAAGCACAAUCCUAAUUUCACCUUUCUGCAGUGCACCAGCGCUUAUCCACUGCCGACAGAGCACAUCAAUCUCAGUCUGAUCUCUGAGUUUCAGAAGGAGUUUCCAGACAUUCCCAUAGGCUACUCUGGACAUGAGACGGGCAUUCAUGUGUCUGUGGCUGCCGUGGCACUGGGAGCAAAGGUGUUGGAGCGUCAUGUGACCCUGGACAAGACCUGGAAAGGCAGCGACCAUUCGGCUUCAUUGGAGCCAGCUGAGCUUGCAGAACUGGUGAAAGCCAUCAGGACUGUUGAGACGGCCAUGGGUUCACCAAUCAAACAGAUGCUGUCCUGUGAAUCAUCCUGCCAUAGCAAGUUGGGUAAGUCAGUGGUCGCCCGGAUGCCACUGCGGAAGGGUGUGACAUUAACUCUCGACAUGUUGACAGUAAAAGUGGCUGAACCACACGGUAUGGCACCCGAGAACAUCUUCAAACUGGUGGGCAAGAAGAUCACUGUGGACGUGGGAGAAGAUGACACCAUAACUGAUGAUAUGAUAGAAUAAUAAUGAUUCUUUAUUUAGACAUUGUUUAUUGUUAUUGAAAAGAUCUUUAUAGUCAUGAAUGAAUCUUAAUCUGUGUGUUUUAAUGAAAGCAGAAUUCUAAUUAUCUUAAUGACUUUAAUACAUAUAUAUCAUUUGCUAUGCAGGAAUAGAAUGCUUCAGAAACCCAGUCACUGCCCUGACAAUGUGUGAAGUUAAAUGUAUUAUUCACUUCAAAACUUUAAAACUGCAUUAAAAACUUCUUAUAU